AUGGGUCGUAAAUUGUGUGUGAGUGUAUGCUCACUCAAUCAGUGGUCCUUAGAUUUUCAAGGAAAUUAUGUUCGAAUAUUAGAUAGUAUACGUCAAGCAAAAUUAUUUCAAUCACAAUAUCGUUCGGGACCAGAAUUAGAAAUAUGUGGAUAUUCGUGUGAUGAUUAUUUUUAUGAAUCUGAUACAUAUUUACAUUCUUGGCAAGUUUUAACACGACUUCUAUUAGAGACGACAACAAAUAAUAUUAUUUGUGACAUUGGCAUGCCUGUGAUUCAUCGAAAUCUUGCUUACAAUUGUCGUGUGAUAAUUUUGAAUGGUAAAAUAUUAUUUAUUCGGCCAAAACAAGUGUUAUGUGAUGAAGGAAACUACAAAGAAAGAAGAUGGUUCAGUCCGUGGACAAAAGAUCGUCAAAUUGAAGAAUAUCAAUUACCACGUUUUGUUCAAGAACAUAUUAAACAACAAACGUGUCCCAUAGGCGAUGCUAUUUUACAAACAAAUGAUACACAAAUUGGUUUUGAAUCUGCCGAUGAAUUAUUAUCACCAAAGAGUUGUCAUGUUAAUUUAUAUCUGGACGGUUGUGAGUUGAUAUCCAACUCAUCUUCAAAACAUUUUCGUUUAAGAAAAACAUUGAUUGACGAUAUUAAUAAAGCAACGGAAAAGUGUGGUGGUGUUUACUUGUUAUCAAAUAUGAGAGGUUGUGACGGUGAUCGAUUAUAUUUUGAUGGUAUAACAGUGAUAUCGUCGAAUGGACAAUUAAUACAACAUGGAUCGCAAUUUUCAUUACAAGAAUGUGAAGUUCGUAGUGCCAUAAUUGAUUUAGAAGAUAUUCGUUCAUAUCGUCUAUCAAAACGUUCCUAUCAAUCACAGGGAACUAAUUCUGAUGCUUAUCCUCGUAUACGUGUUGAGUUUAGUUUAUCUGCUCAACAUGAUGUAUUUAUACCUGUUAGUCCACCAAUGGAAUGGAAAUCAGUUACAAAAGAAGAAGAAAUUGCUUUGGGUCCAGCCUGUUGGUUAUGGGAUUAUUUACGUAGAAGUCAAGCAAAUGGCUUUUUUCUAGCAUUAUCUGGUGGUGUCGAUAGUACAUCUGUAGCAUGCAUUGUAUUUUCAAUGUGUUAUCUUGUUUUCAUGGAAAUAGAACGUCAAGGAACAAAUCAAUCUAAUGAUGUACUACGUGAUCUAAGACGUAUUGUCAAUGAUAUAAAUUAUCGUCCACGUUCACCACAAGAAUUAUGUUCAAAAUUAUUGGUUACUUGUUUUAUGCAACAUUCAAAUAAUAAUUCCGAAUUAUCAAAAACACAUGCAACAAAUUUAUCUAGUGAAAUUGGAAGUGGGUUAUAG